UUUUUCUGAUUCAGAAUUCUAGUCGGACAGGACUCACUCGGCUUUCCAAUUUCUUACAUUCCAUAAAACGCAACCAAACAUCCUUCCUUCCAUACCCACAACACAACCCUUCUUCAUUUCUCUCUCUUCUUCUUCUUCUUCUUCUUGCUCCUCCUUCCUCCUGCAGAUAACAUUAUAUAUAUUAUAAACCAAUUCCCAGAUGGGUUCUUUGGUCUCCAUUUCUGCUCUUUGAGACCUUCAGACAGAUCCCUGCAAUGGACAACACCAAUGGAGGCAUCAGAUUACCUGUUGGGUACCGAUUUUGCCCCACCGAUGAAGAACUGCUCCAACACUACUUGAAGAGGAAGGUCUUUCAUCUCCCGCUGCCUGCUUCUGUCAUUCCUCACUUUGAUGUCUUCCUCACAGAUCCAUGGGCCUUGCCUGGGGAUUUGAAAGAAAAGAGAUUCUUUUUUACCAAACAGAAGAGUUUCUUGAAGAGGAGUGCUGGGACUGGGAUUUGGAAGUCCAUUGGCAAAGAGAAGUUCAUUUUGAGCCAGGGAACUAACCACUUGCUUGGGCUGAAGAAAUCUCUGGUUUUUUCUGAGUCUAAAGUUUCAGAGAGAACGAGACCGGCUCGGUGGGUCAUGCAUGAAUAUCGGCUCGCUCGCUCUGGAACAACUCCCAACUCAACCCAGCAGAUUGAAAAGGGGGAUUGGGCUGUGUACUGUCUGUUUCAGAAGAGGAGAAGGCCUAAAAAGCAAGGGGUGGAAGAGAAGCAGAGAUUGGCAGUGGCGCAGGCAAGUGUAUUGGAUUUGACGGUGGAGGAUGAUGGGUGGGAAUUUCCUCAGCCUUGUUCUUCGUGUUCAAGUGGAGUCACUGAAGUCUCUUCAAAUGGUACGGAAAGUAUGGAUCAGGAAGAGAGCAGUGGCAGUGGCAGUGGCUAUGGCUUUGGCCUUCCUUCAUAUUCUUCUGUAGCUCACGUGAGAGGGGUUUGACUCUGUGACCCAUCUUCAUUGGCUGAAAUGAAGAUCUUUUGCUUUUGAUGCUCUGACUCUGGUUAACAAACAAAAAUGAGUCAAAAAGAGAAGAAAAAGGGCAAAUUUCAUCUACUACUAAUCUUCCUUAGAGAUUAAGAAAGAAAGAGAGAAAGAAAAAAAGAAAGAUGUCUUUUUAAAUUUUCCACCUUUUCAAUGCGAUUUGAGUUUCCACU